CGGGGGCUGUUCAGUCUCCGAUAGUCCGCGGUACCGUGCCAACCAACCCCCGUGCAGUCGAGUAAGGAGUUGCACAAUGCAGGGAUUUGCCCUGACCCUGGUUUCUGUGCUGCUUCUAGUUAGCAGACCCCGCAGUUUUGUGGACAGCGCUCCUCUCUCACUUCACCCCAACUCAGCUGACGACUUACAGAGUGCGUUCAAGAAUGCAGGAUCAAGGACAGACAACCAGGAUGAAGAUGUGCGAGAGCUUCAUAGCCUAAAGCCCUUCACUGACAAUCUUAUAUCGAUGCAAAAGAGCAGUGCUCGAGUUUUCAGUGAUGUGAAUGGCCACCGCGAAGGUCAUAUUGAAAACAAACACCAAGUGAGCCAGAACGGCAAGAAGGUAGAGACGGUGGAAAUAGUGGCUGAUUCCAAACAAGAGCCAGGGGCUACGCCCGCGACUCACGUUCACGCGGAGGUGGAGGUCCCCGCCAUAGGCAUCCACCGAAGCUUCGACUCUGGCUCUGCUUCUGCAGAUAAGCGAAAAAUGCAGAUGUCCAGACCCGAACAGGACGAGAACAUGUUGGAGGGCUACAGGUCAUAUGCCGGAGUGCAGUAUUCUCCCUUGGACAUGGCCGAGUAUGUGUUUUGGACUGGGGAUGAGAAAGGAGUGACUAUGGCCAUUGAAGAAUUCCUUCAAGAUGGAUUGAUGACACGAGAAGAAGCAAUUGCAUUUCUACAAGAAAUCAAGAUCAAUCUAGACUAUUUGCAGAACCACUACACCGAGGAACGUCUCCAGAAGCAAGAGAUGGCUAAGGAAAGAGCAAAGGAGUUGCAGAAAGCUUUCAAUCUUGAAAAGAUGACUGAAGCAAAGCUCUCAUCUCCCUCUGAAUUGUCUGAAGUGCGUCACCAAAUGAGGGAGAACCUGAGCAAGAAGAAUGCCGAAAUGGAAGACCCCUUCAAUCCUUCAAUGAAUCGGGUGGCCUCCAGCCUGACAGACGACGACUACCAGGAGCUUCUGGAGCGACUGAGGGUUGCAGACUUCCUUUAUACCGAGUACUCCCUAGAAGAGGUUAUUUACCAGCUGGCUAAGCUCAUGUUCUCUCAGUCACUAACUAGAGGGAGCUCUGAAGCGCAGGAAGCCCUUCAAAAGUUUACAGGUUUCUUAGAGGCUGAAGCCGAGAAUGGAAGAAUAUCUCGCAGCCUGGAAAAGAAAGUAUUAGACGUGCUGAUCGCUUCUCUGACGGAUACACUGUCCGAACACCCCGAGUUGGUAGGGGCGGCUCGUGCUGGAUUAGGAGGCGGAGACCUUGGCCAAGCGAUCGAGAACCAGCAGAAAUCUGGUAAGAUCAUGAGUCCAGAGGAUAGAGCAGUAUUGCAUAGAGAGGCGAGAAAUGUACACCCCAAUCAAGGGUUCGAGGCAGGAAAGGGAGAUUUGGCCAGGUCCAGUCACAGGUUCCAGGGAGCCAAGGCGACACCAGUGGUCAGUGACGUCGGUCCUGUCAUGAAGAAGAAUGUAGCUCCUGCCCACAAACGCCCCGUCAAGAACCCUUAAACUGUCCCCUCCCUAGACUAGCAGUUUUGUACCAUCAUCCAAAGUAGUCAUAGAGCAUCGCUUCAAAAGAGCACAGCAUAUCAAAAUAUUUAUAAUUUUGAUCUCAUUUUACCCUCCGAAUUAGACAAGAAUUUAUUUUAUCUUACGGGUCCAAAUUCGAAGUAGAAUUUUCGUCCCAUAUUAACCCGCAUUCCUGACCUCGGUAGAAUAGAACUGACAUUCCCGUAGGAUACAAAAUAUUAAAUGUUUAGCAAAUAGGUACGAGUAUUUUUGUCCUUCUUGUAUCAUAAAAACGGGGUGUAUAUAAGCAGGAGAGUGAUCACUAUAUCUCGGAUGUAGUUCUAUAUAUUUUUGUACAGAUUAUAUCAAUAUGGGUUCCAUUAAGAAAGGGUUAUUUAUUAAACCACGUAUAUUUAUUUGAGCUUCAAACACAUCUACUUUCUUAAAACAAUACUAACGAAAAGUAUACUGCAGCAGUGUAUACUGCGUUUUCCACAUUAACUCAUUUAUGAUUAUAUCCAUGAAUUAAUAAAGUGAAAGAGCUUUUGCAAAGACGUAUAAACUGAGAGGAAACAGUUCUUGAUUACAGUGAAAAGUACAAUCUAAGUUACUAGGCAGAUAUAUACGUUAAGUUAUUAUUAUUUUUGGUUUAAAACUGUUGAUAAAUUUGCUAAACUGUAGCAAACAGGUUUUAUAUUUAAGUUUUAAGUGACAGUUAACAAGUCUACUAAAAGCUAGCGCGUUUCUAUAUAAAUUAUUGUAUUUAAUAAUUAAGAUAAGGGAAGAGACUACAUGAACUAUACUAUUACCUUUAUUUAACUAUGUUCAAAAUAAUUUAAUAUCAGAGUUUAACUAUAUAAAGAAUUAUGUUACCACACAACAGUUAUCGAAAUCAUAUUAAAGGUCCAAAUGGUACAUAUCUCAUGUAGAACUAUAAAAAAAGAAUUCUGUUAUUUUAAUAACUUUUUAUGUAUUAUUUAUUUUAUCAAUGAACGCAACGAAUUGCGGCUUUAGUUUUACGGAAACAAAUAUUUUAUAUAACUAUUUUACAUAUUUGAAGACUACUAAUAUAAAUCGGAACAAUAAAAGAUGGCUUAUGCUGGAGGUUUACUUAACUUUGGAACUAGGUUACUGUAAAAUAUUCCUCUUAUGUUAUAUUGACGUUAGAGUUUAGUGGAGAAAUUGAAAAACUGAUUCUUUCAUCACAGAUCAAACUGUUUAACAUCUUAUAAUUGCAAAUAAUACUUAAAGAGAGUUUGAGGCUACAAUAGUUUCACAAUUUCUCCAAUUGACUCUUUUCCUUGACUUAAUCAUUUUGUGAUCAAAAUAGAUAGAAAGUAGAAUCAUUCAAAACUCAUUAUUGUCGAUAUUUGUCGCCUGUUUUCCAUAUGUACCUGCUCAUUGUCUACUAUUAUUACUAUAUUGGUAAAUUAAAUAAACUAUAUUGGUAUGUGUUCGUUAUU